GGUGUUGUUAGGCCUGAGGAUAUAUUGUCACGGGUGUUGUUAGUUCCGGAGAUAUAUUGGCAAGGAUGUUGUUAGGUUUCGAUUAUCAGUUUUAUACAACGGGUUGCCAAAAUAUUCAAAUAAUGAUUUACAUAUUUUAAUUAAAAACUUUAUUUUGAUGAAUUUAUUCAUACUAUUUCAUCCUUCCACAAGACAAUAGUCCAGACACUAGGGUUGCUACCCAAGCCAGCUGGUCGUUUGUUCUAUCAGUUCAGAACCAGUCGUUCAGUCAUUUUGUUCUGUAUCUAUGGAUGCGACCCAGUCGUUCAGUCAUUUUGUUCUGUAUCUAUGGACGUGACCCAGUCAUUCAGUCUUUUUGUUCUGUAUCUAUGGACGUGACUCAGUUGUUCAGUCUUUUUGUUCUGUAUCUAUGGACGUGACCCAGUCGUUCAGUCUUUUUGUUCUGUAUCUAUGGACGUGACUCAGUUGUUCAGUCUUUUUGUUCUGUAUCUAUGGACGUGACCCAGUCGUUCAGUCUUUUUGUUCUGUAUCUAUGGACGUGACCCAGUUGUUCAGUCUUUUUGUUCUGUAUCUAUGGACGCGACACAGUCGUUCAGUCUUUUUGUUCUGUAUCUAUGGACGUGACCCAGUUGUUCACUCUUUUUGUUCUGUAUCUAUAGACAUGACACAGUCGUUCAGUCUUUUUGUUCUGUAUCUAUGGACGUGACCCAGUCGUUCAGUCUUUUUGUUCUGUAUCUAUGGACGCGACCCAGUCGUUCAGUCUUUUUGUUCUGUAUCUAUGGACGUGACCCAGUCAUUGGUUCUAAAUGUUCUGUUGCCAUACUGGCUGGUAACGUUCUGAUCCCCUGCUUGGUAGUUUGCCAAAUAUGGUUGCUUGGUAGCUAGCCAACUUGGUAGCUAGACAACUACAGUCACGUAGAACAGUGCAGCCAGAAUAACAGCAAAGUAGCUGCAUUUGUUUAAGCUGUUUUCUAGUGACAUUUAUUUGGAUACAUCCAUAACAAUGAUCUAAUGAGGCGUGAUUUCGCCUGGCAUAGAAAAUGUGCUCUCUCGUCAGGACACUGUUGUUCAGAGGAGCUAGCCAACAACAGAGGAGCUAGCCAACAACAGAGGAGCUAGCCAACAACAGAGGAGCUAGCCAACAACAGAGGAGCUAGCCAACAACACAGCAACACAAUCACUUCAAACUGAAGCUGGAAAGACUGCAAACUACCUGUAUUUCAUUUGACCAGUUUUCUAUUGACAUUUAUGUGUAAAUAUCCAUGAACAUGAUGCAGAUUCAUGAUUUUGACUGUCUGUGAAAAGAUGGCCGCCUGCCUGUCUUGUCCCGACUCCCAACUGCUGCACGUUCAUUACGAUGUUACAGCUGGAGAUCCAAUUUCAAUAUUGAAACAAUGUUGCAAAUGUCAGAGAGACAGACAGCAACGUUUAUACAAAUCUCCACUGUUGAAAACCAAUUGCUAGUCUACAACAAAUGUGAAAUAAUGUCUAGAUGCUUUUUACAGUGGACAUCAAGUUCAUAAAUUGCCUGGCUGGGCUGAUGAAUUGCGCAGUGAGAUGGAAGAGAGUAAAUAGGCAUUUCAACAUCAGAGCUUUAGCUGGUGGUAACUUGUGAAAUAGACACCGGCUGGAAUGAAGUUUUAACCAAUCAGCGUCAAGGAUUAUACCCACCCAUUGUAUAAUAUAAGAUAAACUUAAACUUAACCAAGUGUCCAUAUUCAUGUAUAUUUAUUCAAACAAACACCCAAAUAUAAGUGUGUGUGUGCAUGUUUGUCUAAAAAAAAAACUGACACACACAAUGACAUGAACGAAAACCCCAGAUAUCAACAUACAGUAGAGAAAGAGGAACUGACGAGAGAGAGAGAGAGAGAGAGAGAGAGAGAGAGAGAGAAUGCGCCUGCGUACUUGUUUACGUGUGUUGUUUGGGGUGUGUGUUUCUGGACUAAACAGCUACCAGAAGUUGUGUUCAUAGCUACUAGGAGGGACUGGGAGAGAGUCUGAGUCAGUGGAGUACAGUAUAAUUUGUACAACAUAGGAGGGAAGCCAGAGAGAAGAAUGAGAUAUCUGGUGUCUGUCAACAUCAGCCUCCUCUGUGCUGUGAGCUGUGUGAUGUCAUCAGUGAUCACAACGAGAGGGAAAGAAGGAGGACAUUCUACCAUUCAGUGUCCUUAUGACCGGGGGUUUGAGACAAACCAGAAGUACCUCUCUAAAGGGAUCUGGGCCUCCCGGGUUGACGUGAUCAAAACCCAAACGCAUCAGCACCCAGCGUGGACUCAUGAAGGGAGAUUCUCUCUGUAUGACGACACAGAGAGAAGAGUCUUCACUGUGACCAUCACUAACCUGAUCCAAGAGGAUUCUGGGACCUACUGGUGUGAAAUCAACACAUGGUGGUGGUAUAACAAGACUGAAGUCAGGAUCACUGUGGACAGAGCUCCUGUUCCUCCCAACCCUGGCUCCGUCACCUCCAGACUUCUCCUCUCCACGACACACCCAUCAACAAACAUCACCAUGACAACUGACUCCUCAAACUCCACAGCAGCUAGGACCAAUGGAACAGUAGGAACAACAUCACCACCCACAGACAUGACUAGAACACAAGAUAGGACCAAUGGAACAGUAGGAACAACAUCACCACCCACAGACAUGACUAGAACACAAGGUGAUGUGAUGUUCUCUGGUGUUGGUCUGGGUGUUGUUCUACUACUGCUGGGUCUGCUGCUGUUCAUGUUCUUUAGACAGAGGAGAGACAGAGACAGGAGACCAACAGCAUCUAAACACUCUGCCAGACUGUUGGUGUCUGACUCCAUGACAACCAACCAGGAUCCAGACACAGGAACCAUCACCAACCCCAUCUAUGCCACAGGAACCAAUCAUAACCCAGAUACAGCCUGUGAUAUCACCACCAUCUAUGCCAAGGCAACCAAUCCUCAACCAGAUGACAUCUACUCCAAUGUUGGAGGUGGAGAGUCUCCAGACAGUGUGACGUAUGCUACUGUCAACUUCCCCAGAUAUCCAGCCCGUCUCCACUAUGCUACUGUCAACUUCCCCUGAGAUCCAGCCUGUCUCCACUAUGCUACUGUCAACUUCCCCAGAGAUCCAGCCUGUCUCCACUAUGCUACUGUCAACUUCCCCAGAGAUCCAGCCUGUCUCCAGUAUGAUACUGUCAACUUCCCCAGAGAUCCAGCCUGUCUCCAGUAUGAUACUGUCAACUUCCCCAGAGAUCCAUCCUGUCUCCACUAUGCUACUGUCAACUUCCCCAGAGAUCCAGCCUGUCUCCAGUAUGAUACUGUCAACUUCCCCAGAGAUCCAUCCUGUCUCCACUAUGCUACUGUCAACUUCCCCAGAGAUCCAGCCUGUCUCCAGUAUGAUACUGUCAACUUCCCCAGAGAUCCAGCCUGUCUCCAGUAUGAUACUGUCAACUUCCCCAGAGAUCCAUCCUGUCUCCACUAUGCUACUGUCACUGAUCUGUAUGGCACAGCAUGAAUUCAUGUCUUCAGGUUUUGCUUCAUUCAUGUUUUCAUGUUGUCAUUUAGUCAUUAUUUUGUGUUUUUAAUUAAUUAAUUAAUUUGAUCAAUAAUUUGUUCAUUUGUUCAUAUAUUCAUUUAAUCAUUUAUUAAUUUGUUCGUUCAUUCAUUCAUUCAUAUUUUUAUUCAACAUUUUCAUCUUUCAUUUGUUUCUGUAUUCAUUAUUUAUUUGUUUGCUCUUUCAUUCAUCAUUCGUUAGUUCAAUCAUCUGUUCAUCAUUAUCAUUACAUCAUUAUUUAGUUUGUUUGUCGGUCGUUACCUCUGUACGUCCGUUCAUUCAUUCAUUCAUUCAUUGUUUCUACUGUGAAUGUAACACUGGUUUGAACAAACAGAGACAGUUUGUAGCUUUUAGAAACCUUUGAUUAUUCAGUGUAUUUUACUCCACUUGAUGGGAAAUGAGACUAUGUGUAUUUGUCAUUAAAGCACCAAUAUAUUUCUA